CGCGACCGCCAGCCCAGGCACAAGACGCCUAACGCGCCGCAACUCCUACCACCACCACCUGUAAUGGCUCGCAUGCGCCUGCUAAAGGUGGAUCGGGCGCUCUUCCUGCGCGGUGCGCCUGCCGAUCUAGAUGAGCUGUCCCCACGCCGCGCCGGGCAGGUAGCCAGCGCGCGAGAUGGUGAGUGCGCUUCGCCGCGCAAGAGGCGCGCGAGCGUGUUUGACUUCCCCGAGCCGGCGAUAAAGAAGGCGAACACGGCUGCGUCCGAUGCUGGUGACGAGGGUGACGGGGCGAGCGACGUCGAGGCCGAGAUGCAGGCCGCGCUGGACAUGGACAGCCUGGCCGACGCGGCGGGCAACAAGGACAAUGGCAUGCCGGCCGAUGCAGACGAGGCUACAGAGGUGGAGGACGAGGAGAUCAACGCAGACAACCCGAAUGGCACCCCCUUUGACGCAAUCGAGCUCAAGCCGCGCACCUCCGCCCGCCGCCGCCGCCCCUCGCGCGGCCGCACCCACAACAACUUCCCCCUCCGCCUCGAGAUCCUGGUUGGCGGCCGCCGCUACGAGCCCGAGCCCUCUGCCGUGGACGCCACUCCCCGCGCUCGCAUCUAUAAGGUCGAUUGCCCUGACAGCGCAUCUGGAUACGGCUACCUCCUGGAUGUCAAAGCGUGGAGGUAUCAUGGCGAGAGGUUCGUCGCAGGCGCAUGGUUCUACACGCCGGCUGAGGCGCCCAGGAACACCGUGCGCAAUCUGCCGGCUGGGUACAGCCACACGCUGACGAGCCACGUGGAUGUGUUUCGCACGGAGCAGCUGGAGGCUGCCACU